AUGUUCAGUUUCAAAACGUCCUGGUCUCGAAACGUCCUUUUUUUCUUGCAGGAGUGGGACGAGCAUCUUGUGGAAGAAGUGGAGAAAAUGAAUUACAUUGAUCAGUUCAAACAUGGUGACUAUUACCGUUGGGUAUUGGCAAACGCACGUGAAACUAUUCCAGAACAAGCUGAACAAGCUAAACAAGAGAAUUUUGUGUUUAAUAACGUCACUGGAGGAAUAGAGGAAUUUAAGAAAAGAGAUCAUUGGGAAAGUACAAAACGAACAUGGUUGGAAGGCUUUGAUCAAGCGUCAUUUCUGGAAGUUUUCACACCGAUGCAAACAAAACUGGGAUGCACUGAAUUUCAGCUAUCUCGUAGCGGUAAAGAUUUUCAAACUCAUACCGUCCAGGUUUACUAUUAUUAUGACGUGCUGUGCUUUAUUGGUCCGCAUGGGUGGGCCAACGUAACAACAACGGAAAAGAUAAUCGAGGGACCGCCUGGAUCGGAUUGUGGAACAGAGAAUGGAGAAGGGCAUGGGGAACGUGGAUUGUGUGUUCCUGGACCGCCGCCGACAACUACCGUACCACCACCAACGACACCUCCACCGUCUGUUGAAGUGGAAGAGGAGGAGGGAAAGAAAAAAGAAGAGGAGUACGAUUUGAUUCUGAUUUUGACCAACGGCGUCGGUGGGAAGGAUCGUUUUAGUAUUUUAAUUGUCUUUUUAUGGAUAGUUUUUUGUUGA